UGAAUUUUAAAAAAAAUGGGUUUGUACUGACCAUAUGACAUAAAAGGAUAAUGUUGGUUUUUACAUAAAUUAGAAAGAAAAAGAAUAUAAAAGUUGAAAACUAUAUGCACUUGUAUACCCUAUUGCUUCAUCUACAUCUCACACUUAUAUACUCCUACUUAUAUUUGGUUGCAAGAAGAUACCCUAAAGUUUUUUUUAUACUUGCACUUAUCUACCUUAAAGUUUUAAAAUUUGGCAACUAAAUACCUAAAACUUUUUAAUCUGUCAUUUAUAAACCCCAAAGUUUUUAAAGCUUGCACAUAAGUACUCUCAGUUAUGCAAACUCGAGGGUAGUUAAGUGCAAAUUUUAAAAACUUUAGAGUAUUUAAAUGCUACCAAAAAAAAGUGAAGGUGUGUAAGUGCAAGUUUAAAAAAACUUUAGGGUAUUUAUUUGCUACCAAAUACAAAUUGGGGUAUAUGAGUGAGAAGUACGUGAAACAACGGGGUAUUUAACCGCAAACAGGAAAUCUUCAGGGGUUUUAUCUCCAAAUAUUUUGGGGCCCACAUAAAACCAAUUCUUUCUGUUGCCUCCUCCAACGCCCCCGGGAUUCCUACUCAGCACAAAAACCUCCACGGAGCAACGAAGCAUCCUAAAACGCUUCAGUACAUUAAUUUUUUUUUAAAAAAAUUUAAAAAAAAAUCCAUGGAUUCCAGUAAUCUAGAGGAUGCAACCGAGCCCUUACUGCCCAUCGCCGGCAAGCUCGCCGUCGUCGGAUCCAGGGUCUCUCCCAUCGAAAGCCUCGACUACGAGGUGACUGAGAACGAGCUUUUCAAUGAGGACUGGCGAAGCCGAGGCGACGUCGAGAUCGUGCAGCACGUGAUCGUCAAGUGGAGCCUCUGCUUCCUCGUCGGAGCCCUCGCCGGCGGCCUCGGGUUUUUUAACACUCUCGCCGUCGAGAACAUCGCCGGGAUGAAAUUUGUUGUCACAUCCAACUUGAUGCUUGCCCAGAAGUAUUAUUGGGCAUUUGGGGUUUUUGUGAUGUCGAAUUUUGUAUUGACAAUGUUGGCGGCAGUGUUGACGGCGUACAUUGCUCCGGCGGCGGCGGGGUCGGGGAUUCCCGAGGUGAUGGCUUACUUGAACGGGGUGGACUUGCCAGAGGUUUUCUCUUUCAGGACUCUGGUCAUUAAGGUUAUUGGCUGCAUUGCUGCUGUAUCAUCAUCCCUUCACGUAGGCAAGGCCGGUCCGAUGGUUCAUACUUCAGCAUGCGUCGCGCUCGAAUUUGGGGCAAGGCGGUUCAAGAAAUACAGGCUUACAUGUAAAUGGUUGAGAUAUUUCAAGAACGACAGAGACAGACGAGAUCUUGUUACCUGUGGUGCUGGUGCGGGAGUUGCUGCUGCUUUUCGAGCCCCAAUUGGUGGUUUUUUGUUUGCUCUUGAGACGGUAUCCUCAUGGUGGAGGAGUGCUUUACUCUGGAGAGCAUUUUUUACAACAGCUAUAGUAGUUGCUGUUCUUAGAGCACUUAUUGAUGUAUGCAACAGUGGAAAAUGUGGAUUAUUUGGAAAAGGAGGGCUUAUAAUGUUUAAUGUGACCGCUGAUGAUAUUUCUUAUGGCUCGAAGGAUUUGCUUCCGGUGAUCAUUCUAGGUGUUAUAGGUGGAAUAUUGGGAAGCCUCUACAAUUUUCUCUUGGAAAAGCUUCUUCGAGUUUAUAGCCUUAUCAAUGAGAAAGGUUGUGCCUACAAAUUGCUUCUCGCCGCAUUUGUUUCUAUAACUACUUCCUUCUGUCUAUUUGGAUUGCCAUGGCUCGCAUCGUGCAGACCUUGCCCUAUCAACACAUCCGAAGCAUGCCCGUCAAUAGGCAGAUCAGGCAAUUUCAAGAAGUUCCAAUGCGCUCCUGAUCACUACAAUGAUCUCGCCAGCUUAUUUUUCAACACCAACGAUGACACAAUCAGAAAUUUAUACAGUGGGGGCACGGAUAAUGCUUUCAGCAAAUACUCGAUCCUUAUCUUCUUUGCUACCUCUUUUUUUCUCGGGAUAUUUAGCUAUGGCCUUGUCGUGCCUUCCGGUCUCUUUGUGCCUGUUAUCUUGACUGGUGCAGCAUAUGGACGCCUUGUUGCAUUGCUGGUGGGUUCGCAUUCAACACUUGAUCAUGGCUUAUUUGCUGUUCUUGGAUCUGCUUCGUUUCUAGGAGGUUCGAUGAGAAUGACCGUGUCAGUGUGUGUCAUUUUAUUAGAACUGACGAAUAAUCUAGUAUUGCUUCCUCUCGUUAUGUUAGUUCUGCUCGUAUCGAAAGCUGUUGCUGAUGUGCUUAAUUCGAAUAUAUAUGAUAUAAUUGUGAAACUGAAAGGGUUUCCCUUUCUAGAAGGCUACGGUGAGCCCUACAUGAGGCAGCUCACAGUGAGUGAUGUCGUGACUGGUCCUCUGCAAUUUUUUCGAGGGGUGGAGAGAGUUGGCAACAUAGUCCAUGUUUUGAAGACAACGGGUCAUAACGGGUUUCCCGUUAUUGAUGAACCUCCGUUCUCCGAUUCCCCAUUGCUUUAUGGGCUUAUUCUUCGCGCGCACCUUCUUGUCUUAUUGAAGAGGAGACAAUUUCUACCUAAUUGCUCGCUUGCCAGUUCUGAUGCCUCUAGGUUAUUUUCGCCCUUGGAUUUUGCCAAGCGAGGGUCUGGUAAAGGUGACGAUAUUUGUGAUAUUCAUCUUACUCCUCAAGAGAUGAACAUGUUUAUCGAUUUACAUCCUUUUUCAAACACUUCGCCAUAUACUGUGGUGGAGACAAUGUCUCUGGCGAAAGCUCUUAUUCUUUUUCGAGAAGUUGGCCUGAGACAUCUCUUGGUUAUUCCAAAAUGCUCCUCGAGGUCACCGGUGGCUGGGCUACUGACAAGGCAUGAUUUUACGCCGGAGCAUAUACUGAGGUUGCAUCCAACGCUGACAGAGAUCAAAUGGAAGAGGAAAAAAUUGUUUCGGUUUUACUUUCGAUAAAAUAUUUAACGAAAUAUUUAUUAUUAUUAUUAUUAUUAUUAUUUGGCCGGAACUUUGCACAGGUCCUGGGCAGACCUGAUUGUUUAUUUAUAGAAACCCUGUAUAAGAAAGAUACUUCCAGUAUUCGAAGGACAUCACCUUCUUCCUCAUAUGUGGGAAGCGCAACCUAUCAUCAAACAAAGCGAGCCUGACGUUUUCAGGAAGAUCGAAAAGAGGAGAGAAAUAUGUAGCUAGAUUUGCUGCGAGUCUGUCUGCUGCCGGAUUUGCAUCCCUGUAAAUGCGUUUGAUGCGAAAAGCCAGGCCCUUUUGAGGAGUUUGUUGUAACAUUUGUUGUAAAUACUCUU